AUGUAUAUUCUGCUCAGUGUUUGUUUUGCGUCUUGUCAUUUUGAAGACAUAUCUCAUGUGGCCCAUGAAAUAUAUGUUGCAUUGACUCACUUCCAAAGCCUUGUGCCCAUGAUGGAUCGAUAUGUUUACAAUGAUGGAACCAUAAAAAACUUGAUGAGUCUAACUGGAACCAUUCCUGUCACGUUUAAAGACAAGACCUACAACAUUCCUGUAUGCCUGUGGAUUGAGGAAAGCUACCCUCAAACUGCUCCCAUCUGCUAUGUCAGACCCUCAUGUGAGAUGAUGGUCCUCAGAGGAAAGUAUACCUCCAGCAAUUAUGAAGUCCUGUUGCCUUACCUGGAGGAGUGGAAGAAUGGUGAAUGUGACCUAGUGAGCCUACUGCAGGUGAUGGUCGUUAUAUUCGGAGACCUCCCUCCUGUAUGCAUGCAGCCUCGUUCAGAGUCCGAACAAGCCCCUUUGUGA